UGUGUGUUGUAGAGUGGGGAAGUGCUGUAAUGACUUUUGUACAUCUCACAUGUAAAAAGAAAACGAACAUUCAAUCUGUUUGUUUACUGAUUAGUUGCAGUGUCCUCUUUUUUUUUAUCUCCUUCUUUCUCUCGGUCUCUUCCCCUCCUCUUUCGCAGAAAGCAGAUGAGGAGAAAACACAGAAUGACAUUCAAAGAGAGGAAGAAAAGAGGCAAAUCGAGGAGGGGGACAAGAAGGACGAGAUACUGAGUGUGAGUGAGAGGUUGAGUGAGAGAGAAGGGAAGGGACAGAGAGAGGGGGAGAGGAAGAGUCGAGAAACUGGGAUUGAUGGUAACAUUGAACGUGAGGCAGUUGGUUUGGUAGAAGACAACAGAGAGAUGUCUGAGGACAGAGUCAGCCUGAAAGAGACGGACAAGGAAAGGAGGAGUGAGAAGGCUGUGAGAGUAGAGAAAAAGGAGGCGUCUGAGGAGAGGGAAAUAGAGGCUAAGCGGGUGAUAGAGGAGGAGAAGAAGAAGUCUGAGGAUGAACAGAGUGGGAAAAAGACACAAGAGACAAAGCAAGAAAAGCAGACUUCAACAGAGACAGAACUGAGUGACUGGGAUGUGGACAGUGAGGAGGAAGAGAUUGUGGCGGGGAACUUGAAGAUGAAUAAGAAACAGAAGAGCGAGGUGGUAAAGAAGAAGUCUGAGGAUGAACAGAGUGGGAAAAAGACACAAGAGACAAAGCAAGAAAAGCAGACUUCAACAGAGACAGAACUGAGUGACUGGGAUGUGGACAGUGAGGAGGAAGAGGUUGUGUCGGCGAAAUUGAAGAAGAAGAAACAGAAAGAGCUGGAAGAGAGGCAGAAGGGGGAGAAAAGAGGGAGAAUGGAGGAGAAGAAGAAGGAAGAAGAGCGCCUGAGGAAUAGGGAGGAGGACAAGAGGAAAGAGGAGGAGAAGAAGAAGGAAGAAGAGCGCCUGAGGAAUAGGGAGGAGGACAAGAGGAAAGAGGAGGAGAAGAAGCUACGAGAGCAGGUGAGCCUGACAGUCCUGCAGGAAUCCUGGAAGAAGGCUAAAGUGGAGGGCAGGAAGAGAUCUGAGGCAACCAAAAUGGACGCAGAACAGCAGCACCAGUGGGCUGUUUUUUUCAGUGACCUGAGGGAGGAGGAGGAGGAGGAGCAACAGCAACAGCAACUGAAGGAGUUGAGGGAGAACAGGAGGAAGGACUACGUUGUUCAGGGGGGCUUCCCUGUCAACAGGACAACACACACGGCCCCAGGAAAUGAGUCAGCAAUAUCGGUGAGUUCAUAUGAGGAGACUGGCUCUGAGUGGGAGAGGCAGUGGGAGGAGGACAAAAGGAGGGAGAAGGAGAGGAAGGAGGAGGAGGAGAAGAGGAAGAGACUGGAAGAUAAGAAGAGGGAGGAGAUGGCAAAGGAACGGGAGGAGCAGAAGAGGAGAGAGGCAGAGGCGAGGUGGCAGGCACGUCUUGUUCCCAAGAAAAAGAAAGGUGUAUUUAAGUCAUUCUUCAACCUUUUUGUGUCAUAG